AUGCUUCAAGUACCAAUGCGGGAACAUACCAACGUGGCCUCCACCAAGGCUAUUAUCUUAGUCGGUGGUCCAUCCAGAGGAACCCGUUUCAGGCCUCUGUCCCUCGAUGUGCCCAAGCCUCUUUUCGAGGUUGCCGGACAUCCUAUCAUCUAUCACGGCCUCAAAGCCCUCGCGAAAAUCUCCGAUAUCCGAGAUGUGUACCUAGUCGGCUACUACGAUGAAACGGUCUUUCGCGACUUCAUCAAAGACUCCGCCAAGGAGUUCCCCCAAUUCCGCAUUCAAUAUCUGCGCGAAUACACAUCUCUAGGUACCGCCGGCGGUCUCUACCACUUCCGCGAUGCCAUCCUCAAAGGCAAACCGGAGCGCAUCUUCGUACUCAAUGCCGACGUCUGUUGCUCUUUCCCGCUCGGGGAGAUGCUGAGGCUGUUCGAGGAGAAGGAUGCAGAGGCUGUUAUUCUUGGAACCAGGGUGAGCAAUGAUGCCGCCACCAACUUCGGAUGCAUAGUUUCCGAUUCGCAUACCAAACGAGUGCUUCACUAUGUCGAGAAACCCGAAUCGCAUAUCUCCAACCUCAUUAACUGCGGUGUAUAUCUGUUUGCGACCGAGUGCAUUUUCCCUUCCAUCCGCAGUGCCAUCAAACGCCGCACCACCAGACCCCGUCUGGUAUCCUACCCAUCCUCUGAGAAUCUGGAGUCGUCAUUCGUCGCUGCCGAGGAAGACUCGGAGAAGAGCGAAGUUCUCCGCCUGGAGCAGGACAUUCUAUCAGACCUUGCCGACAGCAACCGCUUUUUCGUCCACGAAACGAAAGACUUCUGGCGCCAGAUUAAGACUGCCGGCUCUGCCGUCCCUGCCAACGCUCUCUACCUCCAGAAGGCCUUCCAGGCCCAAUCCGACGAACUUACACCUCCUUCCGCGACCAUUGUUCCCCCAGUCUUCAUCCACCCCUCCGCAACUGUGGAUCCCACGGCGAAGCUGGGACCCAAUGUCUCGAUUGGUCCCCGUGCGAUUGUGGGUGCGGGAGCCCGUGUCAAGGACUCGAUCGUGCUUGAGGAUGCUGAGAUCAAGCAUGACGCUUGCGUGAUGCACUCGAUCAUAGGAUGGAGCAGCCGUGUCGGUGCCUGGGCCCGUGUCGAGGGUACCCCUAUCGCGAAUGCAACGCAUUCCACCAGCAUCGUGAAGCACGGCAUCAAGGUACAGAGCAUCACCAUCUUGGGUAAGGAAUGCGCUGUUGGAGACGAAGUACGGGUGCAAAACUGUGUGUGUCUGCCGUACAAGGAACUCAAGCGUGAUGUCGCUAACGAGGUCAUUAUGUAA